UAAUGCUAAUGAGCUCCUAUAAAUAGAGGAGCACGACCCUCAUUCCCAACACAACUGACUCGCUCUCCUCAGAGAAACAUCUCUCCGUCUGAAAGAAUGGCUCCGAGCUACAUGACUGACUACUCCAAACUCUCCACCAAACAGAAGCAUAAAUUGAGGAAACCAGUGGUGGAGAAGAUGCGCAGAGAUCGCAUCAACAGCUGCAUCGAGCAGCUCAAAUCCAUGCUGGAGAAGGAGUUCCACCAGCAGGAUCCAAACACCAAGCUGGAGAAAGCCGACAUCCUGGAGAUGACGGUGGUUUUUCUGAAACAGCAGCUGCAGCCCGAGACCUCGGCUCCACAGAAAGCCCACUUUGACGGCUAUUCCCAGUGCUGCAGGGAGACCGUGAGCUUCUUAUCUGGAAACUACGAGGUGGACGCUGUACGUCAGCAUCUGAACCACUGCCAGGAAGCCCAGAGAUCGUCUAAAGACCUCGCUCACGUGUCUCCAGCUUCCCAUCAGAUCAUCAAGGUGAAGCAGGAACCGAGCGCUCGCAGACCUCUCUGGAGACCCUGGUAGAUGAAGAAAGACUUUGACAGAAGAACUAGAUGGUGGUUUUACCAUCUCUUAUGUAAUAGGAGACACCUCCUUUUCGCUUCUACCUAGUUUGUAGAAGAAAAUGGGUUUCACAAUGUGAAAGUCUAAUCUUAUACAGAGGAUUAUAUUCUGAUAAGAAGUUUAUUGUAAAACACCUCUGUAGUUUUCCUCAUGGAUGGACAAUAAUUUGUAUAAAUCUUCACAAUGAAGAGUCGAUAAGCAUCUGUUUAACUCCUGUGGAGUCUAAGUAAUUAUUUGCAAUGUUUGAUUUGCAAAUGUAAUGGUUUCUUCUUAUGAAAGAUGUGAAUUUUCCUUAUUUCCAAUUUGUAGUCAUACAUAUCAUACUGUUACAUACCAAUAAACAACUUGAAAACCAAAAACA